AUGACAAAGCUGGUCUCAUCUCAUGCACUCGUCCAAGCCAAAAGACACCCCUUCCUCCAGAUACUCCAGGGAUCCGGUCGCCUUCGCACAAUGGCAUCAACACCCCCACAAGCCUUGAGCACUGUCCCGGCGGCCAGCCGAGUAGUAGCUACCAACGAGAAAGUCACUGGCCCAGCGGGUGCAGAGAUGCUUCGACGUUCUGGUAUUACCAGUUCUGACGGCUCCUCCGCCUUGCAAAUCCUAGACAAUGCCUGUGGCGGGGGCAUCCUAACUUCCCUCAUCCUGGACGAGGCCACCAAGCGACCCGACGACAUCAAAAUCAAACGCAUCCUUGCUAUCGACAACGACGAGUCCAUUCUCGCAUAUGUUCGCAAGCGCAGCCGAGACUCCGAUUGGAAAGACGUUGAAAUCCAGCACAUGGACCAGACGUCCUUGAGUCUAUCGGACAACUCUUUCGACAACAUCUUUUCCAACUUUGGCAUCUUCUUCCACCCAAACGAUGCAGCAACGCUCUCGGAGACCUACCGUACGCUUGUACCAGGAGGUGUGGCAGGCCUUACGUCCUGGAAGUCGAUCUCAUGGUGGCCGUCCGUCGCUCUUCCUGCAUUUAAGACGUACCUUCCUGACGCACCUGCACUACCGCCAAAUGUCACCAUCUUCCCGGCCAAGGGUUGGACAGAUACUGCGUCAAUCCCGGAGAAGCUGGAGAAGGCCGGUUUCAAGGAUGUGCAGGUGUCCGAGUAUAGCUUCACACCUACAGUUGAGGCGGAGGAGUUUGCGGAGGCGACGGCGGUGUUGGCCAAAGUUGUGAUGCGCAGACUUUGGAGAAGUGAGGACUUCUCGAAGUUCGAAGGAAAGGUUCAGGAGGUAUUGCUGAGGUAUCUUCGGGAGAAUUAUGCCGGUGGGAAGUGGGACGGCGAGAUGGUCGCUAUCAUUACGAUUGGGAGGAAAUGA